AUGAAUGCCUCGACAGAAGCUCGAUAUUUGCUCCUGGGAGAUCAGAGACCCCACAAGAUCCCUCGCAUCGAACCGGCAGCCCCCGCGAUUCAUCCUCCCUGGCCAUCAGGGGAUUCACAGAUUCAGCACAACGAUUACCAACAUUCAAGUCGGCGUGGGGCCGAGGAUGAGGUCCCAGAUGCACGUCCUACUGCUGCGUCGCUGCCCGCAGGUACCGGCCAACCUCCCCGGACCAGGGGAACAGUUGCCUGCCGGAAGUGUCGGUCGCGGAAAACAAAGUGCGACAAUCAACGGCCGAGCUGCGGAUAUUGUCUGAAGAUCGGCGAGCCUUGUGUGUAUGAGGCGGAAGCCAGCUCCUGCUGCCAUGUUUUUGGACGAGAGGUUCUGCAAGCUUUAAACGAGCUUCGAGAAAUUGUCUCGAAACCACCAAAUGAGCGAUUGCCGGUUGAUAAUCUCGAAGUGACUACUAGCAAUAGGGAGGAUGUAUCCCCUUCAAGUGGCCCAGUCUCCGUCGUCACAUCAACUCCUCAGCCGGCAACUCCAAGUAGCCAUCUACGACUUAGGCCAGCGUCGGCAUCUCUACGCUGGACCCAGAAAAUCGAAAACAUUAUCCAGUGGCGCAUCUUCCAAUCGCAUAUUGUAGCGAGCGACAUAUAUCCCGACGCCGAUCUACCAGUCACCCUAGACCACUCAAUGCCAAGCACCGAUAGAAGGCUCCUGACUGACCUCGAAUCGAGGUAUAUCCAUAGCGUGCACCUGUUUAACCCCAUAUUGCAUCUUCCAACACUGCACGAUCUGAUUCUUCGCGUCGCAGAAAGCCAGUUCGAUUGGUCACCAGAGACUUGCCUUGUUGCUCUUGUGUGUGCCAUCGGUGCUAUGACCGAGCCAUUAGACACAUCACAAACACCUGAAGCGUCUAGCGUUGUCAACCCAGACGAGUCUCGAAAUCGUAGCGACCCCAUCCUGGCCAUUAGGUACUGGAACGUCGCAUCUAAGCGCCUGGGCCUCGUCCUCGACCGGAAUGACAUAACGGCUGUGCAAUGUCUGUGCCUGGCAGGGAUAUGGCACAUGCUCAACCUACAACCGCUCCAAGCCUGGAAGUACUUUAGUCAUGCUGGAAACGCAUGGUUCUGCACAGUCAUGCGCAAUGGCCCGUUGCCUAAGCAUCCUGAACGAACUCACUUUGGUCCGAUCUGCGUCCAAGAUGCUCUUUGCUUCACAAUUUGGAAAUCUAUCUGCGAGCUGCACCCCGAACUUUCGCUUCCCCCCUCAGUGCUUCAGGACUGCGAAGUUCUUCGACCAUUUCCAACACUUCCAGACCUGGACGAUCCAAGACUUGACGAUCCCUUGAUCAACAGCGAGCGCAGUUGGCUCUACUACCUCGCUGAGAUUGCUGCACGGCAUCUCAUAAAUGACCUCCUUGAAUGCCACGUUUACGACUUCGACAACCUCCAGCGGGCGGAUGUUGUGCGAAUGAUACGCCACACCGAGAUAUUCGAGGCCCAGAUCGACGAGUGGCGUUCAUCAUUACCUGCUCAACUCCAAUUCGAUGUGACUACCGACUGGACUCUUCCCGAGCUAGAUCACCCUAUGACAAUGGUGUUGAGGCAGCGGUACCUAUCGAGCCUCGAGUUGACAUACCGGCCCUUGCUACGGUUAUGCACCGACUUUUCUCUGGAAGAUUUCCAAGGAUAUGAAGCACCGCUUCUAAGCAGUGUUGUGAAACUAGCUUCUCAAAAUCUACGAUUCUCAUACUUGAAGAUCCUCAACACGAGCAAGAGUCUCCACCAGGGGACUUGGUUCAACCUCCGCAGCUUGACCGGGUCAUGUCUGAGGUUUGCUGCGGUGGAGAAAGCCCAGCGGGACGGAAAGCUGGCUGGCGCACAGGAGGUUCGGAUCCCGCCGGAUUGGAGAUCAUGUGUGAUGAAAGGGAUAGAGACUCUGCAGCCGUACUGGGCUUCAAAACGCGGUGGAGGAGCAGGUUUGAUGGACCUGAUGGACCAAGCCCUGGCGAUGUAG